UUCUGAUGGGUCUUAAUGACAGCUAUGGUCAGGCUAGAGGAACCAUUCUUAUAAUGAAUCCACUACCUGAUAUCAAUGUUGCAUAUUCACUGCUUUUACAAGAUGAAAAUCAGAAAGAGACAUACAUGAGUUCUCUCAUGCCAUCUGAUUCAUCAUCUUUCAUGGUGAAUAGCAUGAAUCAGUAUAGAGGAAGACAGUCCCAACAAUUCACAGGUAACAAUUUCAGGUCUGGAAAUUCAUAUCCCAGACCACCUAACAAUUCACCAGCACCACAGAAAUCUCAGAAACAGUUUCAGAAAUUCAAAGAAAAAAAGGAAAAAUAUGAUCCUAAUGCAAAUUGUUCACACUGUGGUAAGAAUGGACAUUUGAAGAUUAACUGCUUUAGGUUGAUAGGAUUUCCAGAAGACUUCCAGUUCACACAUGAGAAGGGCAACCAUAGUCAAAUAAGGGCAAAUGCAGCCGCAACAAUGGAGGAAGCAAAGCCAAUACUCAAUGCUCAUACCUUCUCUCAACAUUUUAACAAGGAGCAGCUCAAUUUCUUACAUCAGGCUUUAACACAAAUGAAAAUGGAAGAAAACACCAGCACUUCAAAUGAAAAUGGAAAAGAACAAGUCAAUGCUAAUGCAGUUGCUGGGCCCUUCUAUGAAGAACCCACAAGUUUUUGGUGAAGCUAAGGAGGAUCUCUACUUUCUUCAACCCAAUCUUCAGAAGUCUUGUUUUAAGGCAACUGCAUCUUUAGAUUCUAGUGUUUUUUGUUAUGCAUCAUAGCCUUUUUCUAUUUCCU